AUGGGCUGGACAUCGGCAGUCACCCUCAUCCAAGCAGCGAUCCGACACAUCUCGUAUGAGAUCGCGAGGGUCCCGUCAUUUGGGGACGUGAGCAAGGACAGGCCCCUUCCUUCAGAGGGCCCCCUCACGGUGCUCUAUCUCGACAAUUUUGAUGAGCUGAGGUACCUCAAGAAGGAGAUCGCCGAGGCCGAAGCCGGCCAGCCCUCGGAGAACCACUUGAAGUUUAUCACCGCGUGCGAAAUGCUUGGGCUGCCCAGGAACCUGGGUAAGCAACUGAGCGGAGCCCUUCAGGGUACCCUCCAAGGAGGAGAGAUUCUGGGAAAAGAGAAUGUGCUACGGCACUCUUAUGAUAAAACGGUCGAGCUCAUGGAGCUCGGUUUGGGGCUCAUGUCAAUGGAGUUGGUGGAUGAGUUCUGCCUCCGCCACUGGUGUGGUAAGGCCGCCUUCGCGGCGGCUUUCAGGCGGCCCCUCUUUGCGGUCCUGCAGGAGGUUUAUGCCACAAUGGACUGGGCAAAGCAAGGAACCCAGGUUAUCCUGCCGGGCCCCGUCCUUGACGAGGUCCUCUGCAUGAGCCUUCUCCUCCCCCUGGCCGAGACGGACCUUUCGUCACCGAUCUCCUCGGAGAUCUCCUGCACUGAUGCUUCGCCGACCGGGGGAGGCUGUUCGGUGGCAAAGGCCUUCAAGGAAAAAUCGUUGCUGCUGCCCCUUCCUUUGGAGGACCCGGGCACUUGCGCUGGUUGCGACGCGUUGCUCGACCAACCGGCCUGGCGCACGUAUCGCUGCCCGAGGAAGUGCGGACUCAGGUGCUGCACCCUUCGGUGCACCCGCAAGCACAACGAAGAGUGCUGCCGCCGGUGGUGGCAUGUUCCCAAGUUCGGGGACAGAUUCGCUGGGAAGAAUUUCCCAAUGUCGAAGGCAGCGGGCUUAAAGGGCAUUGAGGUCCAGCUCCCCUUGGAUUACCAGAUCGAGGGCGACCGGUGGGACUUCAAAACGGAGCCGGGCAAGGAGCGACUGGACGAUUUGGAGGCCGAUGGGGACCUCAUGUGGACCCAUUGGUCCCCGGAUCGCCACACCUUCUCCAAGCAGUGCGGCCAAGGCUUCUGGAACGACCGUUGGGAAUGGGAGCGAGGCCUACCUGCUUUGCGCAACAGAGAUCACCCAGAAGGUUUCAACAACCUGCGGCGCCCAGACCUAGUGAUGGUUCGCCAAGCCAAUGCCAUGGCGAAGCGGGCUGUGAAAGGUCUCCUUGAAGCCCACCGAAGGGGGCGGUUCGCCUCGCUGGAGCACCCUUGGGCGUCCUACAUUUGGAAUCUCCCGGAAAUGGAGCCCCUCUACGGAGGAGAUUGGUUGUGGUCCACUUUCUCCCUGUGCUGCCACGGAGGAGAACGAGAAGAGUGGUUGACGGUUGUUCACAACUCACCGUCGCUACACGCGGUGUUGCACAAGCCUACGUGUGAUGGCCACUCCGGGGCCAUCUUGGGCUAUGACUACAUCGACAUCGAGAACCAGGAUGAGUACCCAUGGGCCUUUUGCCUGGUCUUCAUGGAAGGAGUGCAUGAUGAGCUGUGCGCUCGGUACUCGGAGCCCUUUGGCUGCCGGGCAAUGACCCUGGAAUCGCUCAUGCACCACCAGCUCAAAGGAGCGACCAGGGGACUUCAAGACGGAGCCGCCGUGGAUUGGGCUGUGACUCAAACGGUGCAGUUCUUGGACACCAUGGAUGCCGGGAACGAAGCUCAGCACCUGGCCUGGCUCUUGAGGCACACGUACCACACAGGGUGCGAUGUGCGACUGACCAACAAAGGCCAGGAUGUGGUUGGUAUGAGGCCAGCUCCGUACCCUGCCUUUCGCUGGCACUGGAAGGAUGUGCUUUCCUACAAAUGGAAGCAGCCACAGCACAUCAAUAUCCUCGAGCUCACGGCGUUCCUUGCAGAACUCAGGCGAAGGACCCGUGACCUUACCCAGCACAACCACCGCUUUUUCUGCAUCGUCGAUUCCCUGGUGACUUUCUAUGUCCUGGGGAAGGGCCGAAGCAGCUCGAAAAGACUGAAUCGAAUAUGCCGACGUGUGACUGCGCUGACCCUGGCUUCUGGUGUGUUACCCAUCUCCCUGUGGACGAUCAGCAAAUGGAACUUUUCCGAUGGCGCGCUUCCCCGCUCUAUGGCUGAUUUGGAUGAUGAGCUGGCAGAAUACAUUAACCACCUCUACCAAGAGGGCGACAAUGUUACGCAAGCAGGCUGGACCGUUAGCGGUCUCAAGCGGUUCCUGCCUCGGUGCAGGCCGCACCUUCAAACCGCCCAGCUGUUCCUUCGGAACUGGCACCGGGUACACUUGCCGCAACGGACCAGUCCUCUCCCGUGGCUGGGAGCAAAGGCCAUGGCCGCGGCUGCAGCCCGUAUUGGGCGGUUUGAUUUGGCGCUGAUGGUGCUCAUUGGUUUCUCUUUCUUUUUGCGCACCAUGGAGCUCCUCAGCCUGCGCAGCGUACACAUUCGUCUCUUCCCGCAAGAUGGAACGGUGGUCAUUGCUAUUCUUAACGCUAAAACUGCCAAAGGCCUUCAACAAUCCCUUUCACUCCAUGAAGAAAGCUUGGUAGCUAUUUUGCAAUUCUUGAUGGACCGGGCACGCCCGAGUGAUUAUCUCUAUUCCUUUUCGGUGGCGACCUUCCGCCACGAAUUUGCUUGCUUGGUCAAAGCCGUGGGACUUUCACCCGAAAGCUACCUCCCCUACUGCCUUCGCCGAGGGGGCGCCACGGCUUUCUACCAACGCUUUGGCCUGGGCCGCACUGUCGUGCAAGGCAGGUGGAAAGAUGCAACAACUGCGCGCAUCUAUGUGGACGACGCCCGAGCCACUCUCAUUCAGCUUCUUUUGCCCGCCCCCGUCACCGCCCUGCAACAACAUCUUGCUUCUUUUUGGCGGGUGGCUUUGCCAGGCAGUGUGAACAGCGACCCGGUUGGAGAGCCUGUAAUGAAGGAAGCCGAAGAGCUCGCCUUGUGUGAAAACGAUAUUCAGAAGGGUAUGAUCCAUCAUGAAGCCCGAGUUUGUGAGCACGAGAACGAGGGUGAAUAUGCAGAUCUAGACGGCGAAAGCCCGAAUCAGGUGAAGAAGGCUGCCGAGACCAUCGAGACCGAAGUUGCCCAGGUGGUUGGUGAGGCAGCGGAGACCAUCCAGGUCCAAGCUGGCGCCAAGGAGGAGCCCACGAUCGAGGGAGCGGGUCUUCCUACGGGCUGCAACUUCUUUGGCGCCUGCGGUGCCUGA